CCCCCACCCAGGCUCCCGCUGCUAUUUAUAUCGCCACGUUCUUCCCAUUCCUUCCGCAGUAGUUAAUUUCCUUCCUCCACACUCUUUAUCUGCUUUCGUAGAGCCCUAAAUCUGAAGGAAAUAAGAUAAUGGCCGUUUUCGGACCGUUACUGGUUUCGCUUCUUGCCAUGGCUUCUUCUUCAGUUGCAAAUGGAAAUGGCGAAGGAUGGACCAACGCACAUGCCACCUUCUAUGGCGGAAGUGAUGCCUCUGGAACGAUGGGUACGGACGUCUCUGUCUUAACUGCUAAUUUUAUUAUUAUUAUUAUAAUUAUUAUUAUUAUUUGGGGAUGUUGGCGGGCCGCAGGCGGUGCGUGUGGGUACGGGAAUUUAUACAGCCAAGGCUACGGUACAAACACCGCAGCGCUGAGUACAGCUCUGUUCAACAACGGCCUCAGCUGCGGCUCUUGCUACGAGAUCAAGUGCGCCGGCGACCGGCGGUGGUGCCUUCCGGCGACCGUUGUGGUCACCGCCACCAAUUUCUGCCCGCCGAACAACGCCCUGCCCAACGACGCCGGCGGGUGGUGCAACCCUCCUCUCCAACACUUCGAUCUCUCCCAGCCUGUUUUCCAACACAUUGCCCAGUACAGAGCUGGGAUCGUCCCUGUCGUUUUCCGAAGGGUGGCCUGUAAUAGAAAAGGGGGGAUGAGGUUCACGAUCAACGGCCACUCUUACUUCAACCUCGUUCUGAUAACCAACGUCGGCGGCGCCGGCGACGUCCACGCCGUGUCGGUGAAGGGGGCAAAGACCGGGUGGGAGGCGAUGUCGAGAAACUGGGGGCAAAAUUGGCAGAGCAACACCUACCUGAACGGGCAGAGCCUCUCGUUCAAGGUCACAGCCGGCGACGGCAGCACCGUCGUCGCCGAGAACGUUGCUCCGGCGAGCUGGUCCUUCGGACAGACCUUCGCCGGACCUCAAUUCCACUGACGACUCAAACAAAUCUUACAUUCAAUUACUACAGCAAAGGCGAAUAUAUAAAUAUAAAUUUUUAGGAGAUUGCAUGUUUAUAAUAUUGGUGCUUUGGGGGGUCACCAAUACAAUUAUUAAUGGUUGGGGCCACAGUGAUAUUAUUAAGAGUGUGGCUUCUUAAUUAAUUAAUUAAUUAAUUGCUUGGGGUGGUUUAAUUAGGGGACUAAUUUUUGUCGUCCCUAGGCUAGGUAGCUAUAGCUAGUGUGUUGUGUUUUGUUUGUUUGGAUUUUGAAUUGGUUUUUGUAUGAAAUGAGCUUGUCUGUCUGUGUCGUUGAGAGAAUUAGCUGAGGUGGGGUUCAAGUGUUCCCACCCGCUUUCAUAUUUACACUAACUAAUCCUAUAUAUGAUUAUUCUUCUA